ACAUCUCCCACACACCUCAUCUGUCCCGUAUCGUACCAGUGACCUACCUAGCCUUGUCGAUUCUUAGUCGCAACAAGACUCUCUGCAAAAUGGUCGAUUCCAUCGCUAUCCUGCCCGCCCUCUCGUUCCUCGAGCAAAUCGAUGACCUCUCAAAUUUCCUCACGCGAGCCUUGCCCGAGGCUGAAAAGAACCAAUUCCUCGACUCGAUUCGCCAACUGAUUGAGUCUUCAGCCAAGACGGUCACCGAGCAAACCGAAGAGGGAGAGGAGACCAAACAGGUCAUGAGCGAGCCGAGCGAUGAAGACAAGGAGAAGACUGUCGGAAAGAUCGUAGCGGUCAUCACGGAAGGACACCCUGGACUCGAGGGUACCGACAGGGAGAUCGAAUCGCAAUACCUGCUGUUGACUACGCUGAUCAUGUCGGUCAAGAACGCUGAGCAGACGCUCAAGGGACUCAUCGAUGCCGUGGUCAGGAGUGCAAGCGGUUCUAAAAAAGCCGAAGUAGCCUGCCGAAUUCUUACCAACAUCUACAACCUGCUCCCCGCCUCUUCUGGUCUCCGACCUCAAACCUUGACUUCCCUCUUCCAGCUUCUCACCUCCAACUCGACUCUCGAACUUUCCUACUUCCCCCUCACAAACGCCUGGUUGACUUCUGCACUGUCCCAAUGGGACAUCUCGACGAGCGACAAGAUCUCGUGGUUGAGCAAUGUUGCCGAGAUUUACGAGACCAAGGGUUCCAAGAAGGGAGAUAAGGAGAAGGCGUUGGAACUGAGGACUUUUGCGCUCCGCACUGCCGUUCAGGAUGGCAGUGCCGAGGAGAGCAAGGAGUUGACUCAGAAGGCUCUGCGGGCGCUAUUUGCCAUCCCCAGCAAGUUUGACAUGGAAGAGGUCUUGAACGUGAAAGGCGCCAGGGAGGGUCUGAGCGGGCAAUACAAGGAGUUGGUGGAGUUGUUCGAGAACGGUGAAUUGGAGCAGGGUCUAUCUUGGGUUCAGAAGAAUGAAUCGUUCCUGGCUGGCGAGUCUCUGAGGAGCGAUCAGAUCGUUCGAAAGCUUCGACUGCUUGCCCUUACCUCUCUGGCCGCUAGCUCUUCCACAAAAGAGAUCACCUACGCCGACAUCGCAAAGGCCCUCAAGCUCGACGAGGACGAUAUCGAGAUUUCCGUCAUUGAUGCUAUUCACUCGGGUCUGUUGAAGGCUUCAUUGUCGCAACCGACCAAAACCCUCCGAGUCCAGUCCGUCCAGACCCGAUCGUUCGGCUCGGCAGAAUGGCAGCUUCUCGACAAGCGUCUUGGAGAGUGGAAGACCGUUCUUGAAGACGUUCAGAAGACCAUCCAAGAUGCCAUCGUUGUCAACGAACAGAGCGGAAAGGACCAGGGACGAGGGGGAUACAAAAAGGGUGCCAGGAAGCCCAACGCAAAGUCAGAUGAGAACAAGGGGGAGGAGUCGUCGGAGCGGGCUCAGAACGCCGUUGUCGCAUAGAUUGCAGUUUUCUAGGAUGUUACACCUCGUAUUUGGCUCUUUUUUGUACCGAACAAGCAUUAACGACCGAAUCGUUCCUCUCGUCCUACUGGGUCAAAGAUGGAGUAGAGCUCGAGCUUUCUGAAAAGACUUCUGUCGUGAAACUCGAGUGUUCACAGCGAUCGACAAUGCCUAAACGAUGUGCCUUUCUGAACGGCAUCAUGACUUUUACAAUACCAAUAAUAGCCAAGGUA